AUGUGGGGCUUGGACAGGAUCUCUUCAUACUCUACGCCCACGGGCACGCCGCCUCCUCGCCAUGACUCCUAUUCACCCGCUCCACGAAGAGGCUAUCCUGCGUCUGGGCCAGGCCCUUUACCCAUCAGACCUGGGUUAAACCCACGAUCAUCGUCGCUUUCGCUUGCUUCACCUGGAUCCUCAACGCUCAGCCUACCUGGGACGGCUCGCGUGCCGAAUGGUGGCUCACGACGGCAGACAACAGGGGGACCGCAGUAUGGCGCGGAUCCCUUGCAAGUUCUGGAAUCGAUAAUGGGUGGGCCACCUAAAAGAACGAAGUUGAGAGAUGGAAAUACCGAGGAUGCGCUUCAGAGGCCGACGGAGGUGGCAGAAGACAUUGAUUUUGGGAGUCUUAGCUUGCAGGAGUUUGCAAAUCAAGACACAGCGGAGCAACAGCAUUCUACAUCUGUACAUACAUAUAGCACACAGUCAAUCGAAGAAUAUGAUAAGGAGAAGGACAGAUUUGAAGAUCUCCACAAGUCGAUAUUGGCGUGUGACGAAGUCCUGAAAUCGGUCGAAACAUAUCUUACCAACUUUCAAUCCGAUCUCGAAGCUGUCUCGGCCGAGAUUGAGUCGCUCCAGAACCGUUCCAUCGAUCUAAACACCAAACUCGGGAACCGCAAAGUAGUCGAGAAACUUCUUGGUCCGGCUGUAGAGGAUAUUAGCAUAUCGCCUGCUGUUGUGCGAAAGAUUGCAGAAGGCCCUGUAGACGAGGAAUUCGUACAGGCCCUGGCAGACAUUGAAAAGCGCUCAAGCACCAUCAAUGCCAAAGCUCAGGGCAACCCUGACUUGAAAGUCGUCAAAGACGUUAAGCCACUGCUAGAUGACCUCAUACGUCGUGCUGUUGAACGCGUACGGGACCACAUUGUGGCUCAGAUCAAGGCUUUACGCUCACCAUCGAUCAAUGCCCAGAUCAUUCAGCAGCAAGCUUUCCUGAAGUACAAGGACUUGUACGCGUUUUUGACAAAACACCAACCUGACCUUGCACAACAGAUCGGCCAAGCCUAUAUAUUCACUAUGCGGUGGUACUAUCUCAAUCACUUCACGCGCUAUCGGACAGCGCUUGAGAAGAUCAAAGUACACGCCAUGGAUAAGUACGAUGUGCUCGGCGAAGAUCCUGGUGCAAGGAGAGGUGGGACCUUGCUUGGCCAAUCCCGCGUUGCGCCUGCAAAUUACGAUGCGUUCUCUCUUGGACGCCGUCGCGAUGCGUUGAAGAGCUCAUCAGCCAAUGCUCUGACCGCCCACGUUGCUGAGGAAGAGUCAUCUGCGCACUACCUCGAAGUCCCUUUCAGAAGCUUCAAUCUUGCACUUAUCGACAAUGCCAGUUUCGAAUAUACCUUUAUCUCGACCUAUUUCGCCCCAGCUCACAAUUACCAUGCCAUAUCCCGGACAUUCAACUCCAUCUUCGAACCCACGUUAGCAGUCGCUCAAGCCUUUACUAAGUCGUUGGUGGAGACUACAACUGACACACUUGGAAUAUUACUCUGCGUACGAUUAAACCAGCACUUUGCCUUUGAGCUUCAACGUAGAAAAGUACCGACCGUAGAAGGUUAUAUCAACGCCACCAACAUGCUUCUCUGGCCACGCUUCCAGCAGGUUCUGGACAUGCACUGCACAUCUUUGCAAAAGGUCACCGCAUCGCUACCAGGCCGACCCUCGACUGGUGCGGCACUCCUCUCAUCAGGGUCGCAAAGCGGGAACUCCACAGCACCAACACCUUUGACACAGAAGUUUGCCAAUUUAUUGCAAGGCAUUUUAGCCCUAUCGUCGGAAGCGGGGGACGACGAGCCGGUCUCCGUCAGUGUGGGUCGCCUGAGAAGCGAGUAUGAGGCCUAUAUUACGAAGCUCAGCAAGGGCAUUAGCGACACGAGAAAAAGGGACAGGUUUUUGUACAACAAUCAUAGUCUGGUGUGUACGAUAUUAGCGGAUGUGGAAGGAAAGCUUGGAGAAGAUGUUAAGGCACAUUUUGCGAAGCUGAGAGACACUUUUGACAAGUAG